CUUUUUAACUCAAUUCCCAAACACCCCCUAAUUUUCCUCACGCUCCGGAGUCCGGACUCAUUUAGCUCCAUCUCCAUCUUCUUCCUCCCCACCCUGUUUUAUUUUCUCCCCCCAAAAUUUUCUUCCCAUUCUACCCUUCUCUUCAGUUCCUCAACCCUCAGCAUCCUUCGCCGUGAAAUUGAAUCAAAAUUCUGAGGUCACUUCAGGCAAUUCACCAAAGCCCAGCUCUCUAUUUAAAUUAAUCCGCUGAAAUUUUUCAGAGCAUGCAAAAUUUCUUCUGGAGAGGAGAAUAAAUAAUGAGGUCGUCGUCGUCGGCGUUAUGGCCGGAGAAUUCGAAUUCCUAUCCAAAUACUGCUCCAUCGACGUCGUCGUCGAUGAAUCUGCAACAGCCGCUGCUGCAGGCGGCGGCUUGCGCCACCCAUACAGCAAAUCCGAAAAGCAGUUGUUAUAAUGUAUUUCGGUUAUUAGCUCGGAGAGAGGUUGCCCCUCGAAUGAAACAUUCUUCAAAGAAGCUUUGGGGAGAGGCUUCUGCACGUCAUGUGGAUGCUUUUGGUACAAAAAGUGAUGCAGAAAUUGACGCAAGGCGAGGUCUCAUCUCAUGGGUGGAGGCGGAGUCUUUGCAACAUUUAACAGCUGACUAUUGUCCUCUUCUGCCUCCCCCAAGGUCAACUAUUGCAGCAGCCUUCAGUCCUGAUGGGAAAACACUUGCUUCUACGCAUGGUGACCAUACUGUAAAGAUAAUUGAUUGCCAGACUGGGAAAUGCUUAAAGGUGCUGAGUGGUCAUCGGAGGACACCAUGGGUGGUUAGAUUCCAUCCACUGUAUCCUGAUCUUCUAGCCAGUGGAAGUUUGGACCAUGAAGUUCGAUUAUGGGAUGCAAAAACUGCAGAAUGUAUAGGAUCGCGUGAUUUUUACCGCCCUAUAGCUUCCAUUGCUUUCCAUGCUCGGGGGGAAUUUCUGGCUGUGGCUUCAGGCCACAAGCUUUACAUAUGGCACUACAAUAGGAGGGCAGAGACAUCCCCACCAACAAUUGUACUUAAGACACGCCGUUCCUUACGGGCUGUGCAUUUCCACCCUUAUGCUGCUCCAUUUCUUCUCACUGCUGAGGUUAAUGACCUUGAUUCAACUGAUUCUUCAAUGACACUUGCAACUUCCCCUGGUUACUUGCGCUACCCUCCUCCUACCGUUUAUUUGGCAGAUGCUCAUUCAAAUUCGCGGUCUAAUCUGGCUAAUGAGUUGCCUCUUUUAUCUUUACCAUUCUUGAUAUGGCCUUUGGUUGGUAGAAGUGAUAGCAGAUUACCUUUGCAGCAGACUGAUACAGAUGUGGGUCUUGAUAGUGCACAACAAAGAGUGGAUCCAUCUAACUCUGUGCGACUUCUCACGUAUUCAACUCCAACGGGUCAGUACGAAGUUUUGCUGUCUCCUAUGGAACCGAAUAGUUCGACAGAAGAGCAACAACCUAAUUCUUUGAUGGGGGAGACAGAUAAUGCUGUAUCCCAGCCCGUGGUGGAUGCGAUGGAGACUGAUAUUCAACCUGAGGAAAGAAACAAUCAUUUUUUCCCUUUCAGUGAUCCAGCAUACUGGGAACUUCCAUUUCUGCAAGGAUGGUUGAUUGGACAAAGCCAAGCUGGCCUCCGUGCCAUGCGUUCACAAAAUGGUGGUGGUAAUGAGCAUAUUUCUUCUUUUAAUAAUAUAGAGAAUCCUGCUCCAUUAAGUUCCUCUAUGUCAAAUGAUGCUGCUCAUUCAAGAGUUACUGGAAGAUCCGGCUCACGGCACCGCUCCUCACGGCCACGUGUACCUGGAGCUGGAUCUGGUGAUGGUGCUACUUAUAACAGUAUUGUACAUGAUGAUGGCAACACUAAUCCUAUCAUAAGCCAGGUUCAGCCUGAGGUAGCCACUUCAAUGGCAGCAGCAGCAACUGCUGAGUUACCAUGCACCGUGAAACUUCGGAUAUGGUCUCAUGAUGUUAAAGAUCCUUGUGCACCUCUUGAUGCAGAAAGAUGUCGCUUAACCAUACCCCAUGCAGUUCUUUGUAGUGAAAUGGGAGCCCAUUUUUCGCCGUGUGGUAGAUUUUUAGCAGCCUGUGUCGCUUGUGUCCUACCAAACAUGGAAGCUGAUCCUGGUUUUCCGGGGCAAGUCCAUCAUGAUGCCACUGGGGUUGCGACAUCCCCAACCAGACAUCCAAUUUCAGCCCACAAAGUAAUGUAUGAGCUGCGAGUAUAUUCUCUUGAGGAGGCAACAUUUGGGAUGGUGCUUGCAUCACGGGCCAUCAGAGCUGCUCAUUGUUUAACUUCCAUUCAGUUCUCCCCUACGUCUGAGCAUCUAUUACUUGCUUAUGGCCGUCGUCACAGUUCACUUCUCAAAAGUGUUGUGAUUGAUGGAGAGCUGACUGUACCAAUUUAUACAAUUCUGGAGAUAUACAGAGUUUCUGACAUGGAACUUGUAAGAGUUCUUCCCAGUGCUGAGGAUGAGGUCAAUGUGGCUUGUUUUCAUCCUUCAGUUGGUGGCGGUCUUGUGUAUGGAACCAAGGAAGGCAAGCUAAGGAUCCUUCAAUUCAAUAACCCUAAUGGUUUAAAUCCUGCAUCAGCAUCUUUUUCUCAUGAAAACAUGUUAGAGGUCCCCACAUAUGCUUUAGAAGGCUAAUUGCAACCCACAUAUUAGAGGGUUUGACAGUGCCAUACAGAUUGGAAGUUCAUCUUAGAUGUGGCAACUCUAAGUUUGAUUGUUGAUGUCAACAUGAGCAUUAGGUCGUGUUUGGGUGUUGAUUGAAGGCUUCUUUACAUGUAGAGUUAGGAAUGCAAAAGAAGUUUGUAUACUCUCUAUCUUCUGUUGUAUACAUCACUUGGGCUAGAAACACCAUUGUGAAAGGAGAUUCAACUCCCUCAUAGCUAAAAUGGGUGCAAGAAAUUUCGACAACUGGACUGCUAAUGAAGCUUUCAGCGAUGUUACCGUGUUCUCUGUUUCGAGAGCAAGAAGAUGGAGGUACUGGAUCGAGUUUAGCUCCUUGGAACUUUUUAGAUGAUGGAUAGGAAAAUUCAUGUAUCCGGCCCCUCUUGUUGUAGAUGGCCUUGGUGUAAAUUAGAAAAUGAAUCAUAUUGCUCAAGUUUUUAUGAAAAAGUAAUAUGUUUUCUGUUUUU